CAGGCCGCAUCUCGUUGCAGAAUGCAGAAAUCGUGGAGACACAGUCAAGUGCGUUCAGCCCAACCACCCGAACCAGCCAGGCACACUACAAUUUCUGGAAACCUUUUAUCCCGAUGCCUCCAUCCAUCCAAAUGAGACACAGGAUUCGCUGGCAACUUCCGAGCUGCCUUGGUAAGCAACGUGCGAUCGCGGUCAGUGGCGCGAGUCGCACCUCACCCAUAAGAAGUGCGGGCACCCACCAGUGCGCUCAGCUCCAACUCGUCCAUUUUUCUCAUAGUCUGGCUAGUCCGUCCGAAUCUGCGUCGCCGUCGGCAUUUGUAAAUAUAUAUCUGAGAACUAUACCCACCACAGUCACCAACUUCUCCGAGUCGAAAGUCGUACAAUCACGAUCAAGUCCUGGUAACACCCGACGAUUACACACCAGUGCCAAGAUGGCUUCAGCAACGACUUUCUAUGACUUUAAGCCCCUUGACGGAGAUGGCAAGGAAUCCGAUUUGAACGAACACAAGGGCAAAGUUGUACUAAUCGUCAACACCGCCUCCAAGUGUGGCUUCACGCCGCAAUAUGAUGGGCUUCAGGCCCUGUACAAAGAGAUUAACGCCGACGAAAAAUAUAAAGACAAGUUCGUGAUCUUGGGCUUUCCUUGCAAUCAGUUUGGGCAUCAGGAGCCCGGUAGCCACGAGGAAAUCCAGGACUUCUGCACUCUAAAUCACAAAGUCGAAUUUCCUAUCAUGACAAAAGUUAACGUCAAUGAGCCGGACGCUGCCCCCAUUUUUGAGUGGUUGAAGUCGGAAAAGCCUGGUCUAUUUGGAAUCAAGAAGGUCAAGUGGAACUUUGAGAAAUUCCUGGUUGGUAAAGAUGGCAAGGUCAAGAACAGGUGGUCGAGCAUAACCACGCCUGCAUCGCUAAGAUCGUACAUCAUUGAGGAGUUGGAUAAGGCGUGAGAUCUGCGCCUUGAAGAGUUAUGAACUGUUAGUUCCUGUACGUCGGCAGGGCCGAUUUCUAUAGCCACAAUUGUUUCGUGAUGUUAGUCGUGUUGGAUAAUAUAAAUCAACUCAUCCGGUUUCUUUUCUGGUUCCUUCUCACCAU